AGGGCUCCGGGCAGAGCAGCCAAGCUUGGAACAAACCAUUUGGCCAGGAGAGGGGGAAGAGGUGGUUAAAGCUGCUCCCUCCAUGAAAACAAUAGAUGGAGGAUUGAGCAUCUGGUCUUGUCCAAGGGUUUCUCCUAUUGGAAGGGAAAUGGAUGCAGUCCAGCCAGAUCGGGUAUUAAAAGAAGAAUGGGAGGACCUGGUGACCUUUGAGGAAGUGGCUGUGCAUUUCACAAAAGAGGAGUGGGCUCUGCUGGAUCCGGGCCAAAGAGCACUGUAUAAGGAAGUCAUGGAAGAAACUUGUAGGAUUGUGGCUUCUGUGGCUUCUGUGAAAAAGAGUGAAGCAAAGGAUAAACAGCAGAGAAGAGAAACUGAAGCAAAAGAAAAGUGGAGGAAGACAUUAUAUUUUUCUCAAGACUCCCAUAAACCUGCACUGCUUGAAGAGAGUUUCACAGGAGAAGAAAAUAAUAUAUUCUUUUCCCAGGCAAAAACUCUAACUAGAAUAUCAAGUGCUGAUGAGCCAACAGGACUGUGUGGGAUCAAGGAAUCAUUUAAGCACCCAGAGGGCGGAAAGCAAUUCAAGUGGAAAGUUAAUACUAUUGCACCUCAAAUUACCCACAUUGGAGAGAAAUGUAUUGGACAUUCAGUGUGCGAAAAGAACUUGAGUGAGUGCAAAAGUCAGACUAAAAAUCAAACGAUUCGAGCUGCAAACAAAGUUUACAAAUGCUCGGAUUGUGGGGAAAGCUUCAAGUGGAGCUUCAACCUUCUUGUACACAAAAGGCUCCACAGAAAAGAGAAACCAUACAGAUGCUUGGAGUGUGGAAAGCACUUCAGACACAGCAGUUCCCUCCUUGAACACGAAAGGACGCACACAGGAGAGAGGCCAUACAAAUGCUCAGAGUGUGGAAACAGCUACAAAUACGCAAAUGGCCUUGCCAAACAUCAAAGAAUCCACACGGGAGAGAAGCCAUUCAUAUGCCCGGAGUGUGGGAAAGGUUUCACCGAGAAAAGUAGCCUUAUCGACCAUCAAAGAAUCCACACAGGCGAGCGACCUUAUAAAUGCUCAGUGUGUGGAAAGAGCUUUGGGCACAGCAACGUCCUUGUUAACCACCAGAGAAUCCAUACAGGAGAGAAACCAUAUCGAUGUUCACAGUGUGGGAAGAGCUUUCGACAGAGAGGCGUCCUUGCUAAACACGAACGAACCCACACGGGAGAAAAGCCGUACUCAUGCUCGGAGUGUGGGAAGAGCUUUGGUGACAGCGGCAUUCUCGCAAAACAUCAGAGGAUCCACACAGGAGAAAAACCCUACGGGUGUUCAGAGUGUGGGAAGAAUUUCAGGCAGAAAUCAAGCCUGUUGUAUCAUCAAAACAACCACGCAGGAAGGAGGCCGUACAAAUGUUCAGAGUGCGGAAGGAGUUUCAGAGAGAGCCGCGCACUUACUAGGCAUCGGAGUAUCCACACGGGAGAGAAACCAUACAAAUGCUCAGAAUGCGGCAAAAGCUUCACGGAAAAAGCCGGCCUUGUGUAUCAUCAAAACACUCAUACAGGAGAGAGGCCGUAUAAGUGCUCGGAGUGCGGAAAGAGCUUCAGGCGCAACAGUAAUCUUUUCGAGCAUAAGAAGACCCACUCGGGAGAACGGCCGUACAAAUGUUCGGCUUGUGGAAAGAGCCUGAGAAGUUGGAGCGGCCUCACAAAACACCAAAGGACCCACACGGGAGAGAAGCCAUAUCAGUGUUCGGAUUGUGGAAAAAGCUUCACCCAGAAAGGUGGACUCACUAGCCACCAAAGAACCCACACGGGAGAGAGGCCGUAUCGAUGCGAGUGCGGAAAGAGUUUCAUGUAUAGCAAUGUCCUGGCGAGCCAUCAACGAAGCCACACGGGAGAGAGGCCCUUCAAAUGCGCAGGGUGUGGAAAGACGUUUACGGAAAGGAGCGGCCUUCAUAAACACCAAAAAAAUCCAUGCAGGAGAAAAACAGAGUGAGUGCCCAGAGUAGAGAAUAGGCUUGGGCCACUACACUUGAGCCCUCUGUUUCUGAAUGGGUAGAAUGGAAAUAGACCCAAAAUGAGGCCUAAAUGUUUUGUUAAUUUUCUUCACCCAGGGCUGUGGUGCAGGCUGGUGAGCUGCCAGCUGGAACAAAUCACUCUGACCAAGAGGUCAUGAGUUCGAGGCCAGCUCCGUGCCUGCGUUUGUCUUUGUCUCUGUUCUAUGUUAGGCAUUGAAUGUUUGCCUUAUAUGUGUGCAAUGUGAUCCGCCCUGAGUCCCCUUCGGGGUGAGAAGGGCGGAAUAUAAAUACUGUAAAUAAAUAAACUUGGGCCCUCCAGGUGUUUUGGACUUCAACUCCCACCAUUCCUAACAGCCUCAGGCCCUUUCCUUUUCCUACUCAGCCGCUUAAGCUUAGGUCCAAAUUGCAGGAAAACCCCACAAAACCAAAAAUACUAACCAUGCAUGCGCAGAGCCCCCCCCCCCCCCCCGGAAACUUGGUGACAUUAGCCAGGUGGGCGGGUCUUCAACAGCCACUGCGUGCUGAUGGCAAGGCAUAGAUUGGGUUCCUGGGAACCAUCAAAAUGAACUUCCUAACUGUGAGGGCUGUUCGACAGUGGAACUCUCUGCCUCAGAGUGUGGUGGAGGCUCCUUCUUUGGAGGCUUUUAAGCAGAGGCUGGAUGGCCAUCUGUCGGGGGUGCUUUGAAUGCGAUUUCCUGCUUCUUGGCAGGGGGUUGGACUGGAUGGCCCAUGAGGUCUCUUCCAACUCUACGAUUCUAUGAUUCAUCUUGUUCAUAACUUGGAGACUGCCUGUAUCUAACUAAGAACUGUCCUUGUUUAUUUCUAUCAUGCAUUAAAGAUAUAAAUGAAAAA